AUGGUAGACGGCGAUCCAGGUUCACCCACCUGGAAGUUCACACAAUGCUUCGGUGAUAAAGGCGAUGUAGAAGAUAUAACAGAAGCUGAUAUUAUCUCUACCGUCGAGUUCGACCACACCGGUAACUACCUCGCCACAGGUGACAAGGGCGGCCGAGUCGUCCUGUUCGAAAGGAAUGAGACGAAAAAAACAUGCGAAUACAAGUUCCAUACAGAGUUUCAAUCCCACGAGCCCGAGUUCGACUAUCUAAAAUCAUUAGAGAUCGAGGAAAAGAUCAACAAGAUAAAAUGGUGUAGACGGCAGAACGCAUCGCAUUAUCUCCUAUCGACAAACGACAAGACUAUAAAACUAUGGAAGGUCUUCGACAAGUCGCUCAAGGUCGUGGCCGAGAACAACCUCUCCCGCGAUCUCACCCCGGCCGGUGCCGUAAGCGGUGGUGGCAUCUCGCGCCCUUCCCGCGUCUCGUUCAAGGACUCCACCUCCCUCAAGCUCCCUCGCAUGACACACCACGAGACUGUCGUCGCCGCCGUACCCAGGCGGAUAUACGCCAACGCUCACGCUUAUCAUAUUAACAGCAUAUCCGUCAACAGUGAUGGGGAGACCUUUAUCAGCAGUGACGAUCUCCGGAUCAAUCUGUGGAACUUGAACAUCCAGGACCAGAGCUUCAACAUUGUCGACAUCAAGCCUGCGAACAUGGAGGAAUUGACUGAAGUUAUCACCGCGGCCGAAUUCCACCCCACCAGCUGUAACUGGUUCAUGUACGCAAGCUCAAAGGGUACCAUCAAGCUUGCAGAUAUGCGACAGCGGGCUCUGUGCGAUGAGCAUCAUAAACAGUUCGAACAGGAAGAAGACGUCACCUCGCGCUCGUUCUUCUCCGAAAUCAUUUCCUCCAUCUCCGACGUUCGCUUCUCCCAUGAUGGCCGCUACAUCCUCUCCCGUGACUACCUUACCGUCAAGAUCUGGGAUGUCAACAUGGAGCGCCAGCCCGUAAAAACAAUCCCGAUCCACGAACACCUCCGCCCGCGCCUCUGCGACACCUACGAAAACGACAGCAUCUUCGACAAGUUCGAGGUUGUCUUCUCUGGUGAUGCCCAGAACGUGAUGACGGGAAGCUAUAAUAAUAACUUCAUGAUCUACCCGUCUGAUCCUACCAAGGAAACCGAGGUCGUGCUACAGGCGGAUAAAACGGCGUUCAAGGCCAAGAAGGUUGGUGUACCCACGCCAAUCAACUCUGCGGCAUCCACAAACGCUGGAAAGAAGAGCGGAUCAAGGUCUGGUAGCCCCUCGGGCGCCGGAGGGAGGAUGAGGAAGGAAACGGACGCAGAUCAGAUUGAUUUCAACAAGAAAAUCUUACAUAUGAGUUGGCAUCCGUUCGAAGACAGUAUCGCCAUCGCAGCUACAAAUAACCUCUUUGUGUUCUCUGCAUUGUGA